AUGAGGAGAGAGAGAUGGACAUUUAGCCAGGUUCUGAUUGAUUAUAUUACUGCUCUUCAGUCUUGAUCUUUGGCUGAUGAAGUAUUUAAUUCAUAGUAGUAUUCGAGGCAUUCCGUUUGACCAUGUUUAGGCAAAGUUUAACAGUGCUGAAAAAACUUCGGCAUUUAAGUUUCCAAAGCCGAAGUCCAUGGCGGUGCCGGAGUACCUCCGCCCCAGAAAAAGCGCUUCAGUACCAAGUGGGUCAGAAUAUUCACGGCUUUACAGUUACAGAGGUGACGGCUGUUCCGGACUUGUUUCUGACGGCUGUUAAACUAACACAUGACGUCACAGGUGCUCAGUACCUGCACGCAGCCAGAGAUGACUCUAACAACCUUUUCAGUGUCCAGUUUCGGACCACUCCCAUGGACAGUACCGGGGUUCCUCAUAUUCUUGAACACACAGUUCUGUGUGGUUCUCAGAGGUUCCCCUGUCGAGACCCUUUCUUCAAAAUGCUCAACCGCUCACUCUCCACAUUCAUGAAUGCCUUCACAGCGAGUGAUUACACCAUGUAUCCCUUCUCCACUCAAAACGGAAAGGAUUUCCAGAAUCUUCUGUCUGUUUAUCUGGACGCUGUCUUCUUCCCUUGUCUCAGGGAGCUGGAUUUCUGGCAGGAAGGCUGGAGACUGGAGCAUGACAAUCCCACUGAUCCUGAUUCUCCUCUGGUCUUUAAAGGAGUCGUUUUCAAUGAGAUGAAAGGAGCAUUUUCUGAUAAUGAGAGAAUCUAUGCACAAAGACUGCAGAAUAAGCUGCUGCCUGAUCAUACAUACUCAGUGGUGUCUGGGGGAGAACCUCUGGCCAUACCUGACCUCACCUGGAACCAGCUCAGAGAGUUCCACGCCACACACUAUCACCCCAGCAACGCACGGUUCUUCACAUAUGGAGAUUUGCCUCUUGAACAGCAUCUGAAACAGAUCCAGGAGGAGGCGCUGUCUAAGUUUGAGAGGACAGAACCCAACACUGCUGUACCACCUCAGAGACAGUGGGUCAAACCGAGAGAAGAUCAUGUGACCUGCAGCCCUGAUUCCAUGGCCCCCGACCCUACCAAACAAAACACACUCUGUAUAAGUUAUCUGCUGGGAGAUAUCACGGACACAUUUGAAGCUUUCACACUCAGUCUCCUCUCAUCUCUAAUGGUGUCUGGACCCAACUCUCCCUUCUACAAAGCCCUGAUCGAGCCCAAGAUCGGCACCGACUUCUCCUCUGUCGUAGGGUAUGAUGGCAGUACCAGGCAUGCCACCUUCAGCGUCGGGCUCCAGGGCAUGGCGGAGCAAGACUUUGACACGGUCAAGCAAAUCAUCAGCCAGACCAUCGAUGACAUCAUCACGUCGGGAUUUGAGGAAGAACGGAUUGAGGCUUUGCUACAUAAGAUCGAAAUCCAGAUGAAGCAUCAGUCCACCAGCUUUGGCCUGGCCCUUGCAUCUUAUAUAGCGUCUUGCUGGAACCAUGACGGUGACCCUGUGGACUUGUUGAAGAUCAGUGAGAAUGUGUCCAGGUUCAGACAGUGUCUGAAGGACAACCCACGUUACCUACAGGACAAAGUCCAGCACUAUUUUAAGGAUAACACACACAGACUGACUCUGUCGAUGAGUCCUGAUGAGAAGUACCUGGUGAGACAGGCUGAGGAAGAACAACAGAAACUGCAGCAGAAAAUCCAGAGUCUGACUGACGGAGACCACAGAGAUAUCUAUGAGAAAGGUUUGCAGCUCCUUGAGGCUCAGAGCACAACCCAGGAUGCGUCCUGUUUACCUGCUCUAAAAGUGUCCGACAUCCAACCCACCAUCCAGUACACACCUGUCCAGAUGGGCUCUGCAGGGGGCGUACCGGUGCAGUAUUGUGAACAGCCCACUAAUGGUAUGGUGUAUUUCAGAGCCAUGAGUAACAUAAACUCUCUCCCAGAAGACCUAAAGAUCUAUGUCCCUCUCUUCUGCAGUGUCAUCACAAAAUUAGGCUGUGGAGAAAUGGAUUACCGACAGCAGGCCCAGAGGAUGGAGCUGAAGACUGGGGGGAUGUCUGUGUCUCCACAAAUUUUACCUGAUACAUCAGACCUGGACCUCUAUGAACAGGGUGUCCUGUUCACCUCUUCCUGUUUGGAAAGGAACCUUCCAGACAUGUUCCAACUGUGGAGUGACAUAUUCAACAGCCCACAUUUUGAUGACGAGGAGCGUCUGCGGGUGUUGGUGAUGAUGUCAGCACAGGAGCUGUCCAAUGGGAUCUCUUAUUCAGGUCACAUGUAUGCGAUGACACGGGCGGCCCGUUCUCUCACCCCCACCGCUGACCUUCAGGAGACGUUUGGUGGAAUGGACCAGGUGAAGUUCAUGAAGAGGAUCGCUGAGACAGAGGAUCUGACCACAGUCCUGAGAAAACUACCCCGUAUUAAGAGACACCUCUUUAACCCUGAAUACAUGAGGUGCGCUGUGAACGCCACUCCCCAGAAGAUGACAGAUGUGGCGGCCGAGAUGGAGAGGUUUAUGGGUAAUAUUGCGUCCAAUAGGAAGGAGCGUAAGCCUGUGAGGCCUCACAUUGUCGAGAGGUCCCUGGACCCGUCAGGAUCCGUGGAAUGUCGUAAACUUGUUUCAGAGCCUCAUUUUCAGCCCUGUCAGAUGAAGACGUAUUUCCAAAUGCCAUUUCCCAUCAACUUUGUCAGUGAGUGUGUGCGCACAGUGCCGUUCACACACGAGGACUACGCCAGCCUGUGUAUUUUAGCGAGGAUGAUGACUGCCAAGUUUCUACAUGGAGAGAUCAGAGAGAAGGGCGGGGCUUAUGGAGGCGGAGCCAGGAUGGGAGGCGGUGGCCUGUUCUCUUUCUACUCAUACAGGGACCCAAACUCGACGCAGACGCUGACGGCGUUCCGGAACGGAGUGGAAUGGGCCAAAGCCGGGAAGUUCACCCAGCAGGACAUCGACGAGGCCAAGCUGUCCAUUUUCUCAGCUGUGGACGCGCCUGUCGCCCCCUCCGAUAAGGCUCUGAGUCGCUUUUUAAGCGGCAUCACGGACGACCUGAAGCAGAGACACAGAGAGAGACUCUUCGCUGUGACUGAAAAAGACCUGAUCGAUGUGGCUGGCAGGUACCUUGGCAUAGGCCAGAGAACAUGUGGGGUUGCCAUCUUGGGUCCAGAGAAUGAGAGCAUCAAAAAGGAUCCUUCCUGGGUUAUCAAAUAGACUGACAUCACUUCCUGUGUGUCCAGACGGACUGAAGUCACCUCCUGUGAUCUCAUCAUUCAAAUCUCCUUUUUUUUCCUGUUAAAACACCUCUCGUCUUUUACAUCUGAGAUCUCAUCAAGCAAACUGCUGUUACGCUGCCUCACACAGGGAUGCCGUCUGCUCAGCGAGGGAGACCUGAAGUGUGUGAAAUGUUUCAUUACUGGACCCCCCCAGUCUGGGUGCCUCUGUCGUAAGUGAAGAACUUAACCUAGUGUCUUUAUUCAUUAUGAGGAGUCGACGAACACAUUUCACAAGCUGUGACUGGCAGAAUGUUUCUCACAUUCAGAGACAAGAUUACCUGACCCAUGCAUUUACUCAGCCUGUCUUUUAAUCAUCUAAAGACUUUCAUGGAGUUGUGUUUUCAUUUAGUUUGAUUUUUUUCCCCUCUUAUUUGUAUUUGAAUUCGUAUUUCUCAACCCAGUCCUGUAGGCCCUGGGGCCCCGAACACCAUUACUUAAUGUCCUGCACUUACGUUAGUCUGAUUCAAACAGUCCAGUUAUUGAUAAUGGUCUGUUUGUGUUAAUCAGCUGCGUUAGUGCAGGAAAUUACGGAACAGUGUUCAGCGCCCCAGGGCCAGCAGUUGCAUACCUGAAGGGCAGAGAGAAAUGGGUUUACAAACACAACACAACACAACACACAACACACAACAUGUACACACACACACACACACACACGCACAGAGGUUGAGAAAUGCUGUUAAACUGUAGAAACAGUUGAAUGCCAGGACAUUUUUGCUAGGGCCCUGUGCCUUUGGUAAUGAUAUAAAAAUAUGAUAUAAAAAUAUAAGUGUAAAAGUUCUUCUGUUGACUUUUAAAACUCAGUGGUCACUGUGAAGAAGCACCUACAAUGACACAAAUGUU